GAACUGAAUAACGAAAGCACCUUGACGAAACGUAGCAAAACAUCUGGGGAUUAGUCUUGACAGUUGGAAACGUCGUGACGAAAGUAAACUCUCGUGAGUGGUGGCUUCCUUGAGAACUGGGAAUGUUGACUACCCGCCAGACAUUACCCAGAAAAAAAACACCUACCUGUGGACUAAGACUUUUGGCCAGAAUCGUUUCUCUCCGUCCAAUACGCAGAAUCUAAAUCACAACCGUUGAAAAAAUUAUCCUCAGGAAAAGCAUGGCUUUUCCGAUUUCCACCCAUAAAUAGUUUGGCAGAGAGAGUGAGAAACGACAUGGGCGUGAAGAGAAGACGACGGCCAUGUGCACGUUAGAAAAGCGCGGUAACAAUUUCCUUCUAACUCUAAUCGGUGACGAUGAGCACCGGUUGAACCCCAACCUCAUCGGCGAGAUUCGGUCAGCUCUAAGCCAAGUCCGUGCACAGGCCAAGCGCGGUUCGGUCCUGAUUGGCCAGGGUAAGUUCUUCUCCAAUGGCUUCGAUCUCGCUUGGGCUGAGUCCGCCGGGUCCGGGUCCAGCGGCUUCCUCCACCGGCUUCAGCACAUGGGCGACGGUUUAAAGGCCAUCAUGGUUGACCUGCUCUCCCUCCCUAUGCCCACUAUAGCAGCCGUAUCUGGGCACGCCGCUGCUGCCGGAUUCAUGCUCGCGCUUAGCCACGACUACGUCUUGAUGAGGAAAGACAGGGGGGUCCUUUACAUGAGCGAGCUCGACAUCGGGCUUACUCUUCCCGACUAUUUCAUAGCGUUGUUGAGAGAAAAGAUCCAAUCGCCGAUGGUUCGGCGUGACGUGGUUCUGCAUGCCGCGAAGGUGAAGGCCGAGGAGGCGAUCAAAAUGGGGAUCAUAGACUCGGCACACGAUAGCGCGGCGGAGACUCUGGAGGCCGCACUGCGCAUGGGUGAGAAAUUGGCCUUGACCGCUAGGAAGUGGGAUGGAGGGGUUUAUGCCGAGAUACGGAAGUCGUCGUUUCCGGAACUUUGUAGAGUGCUCGAGCUACAGAGUAAGACCAUCGUCACACCGCGUCUUUGAUUGAAGAAUAAAAGAAACUAAAUAGAAAAUCUCAGUGGUAGUUUCCGCCUCCGGCGGUGCUUUGGUUCGUCACGCUUUUUUUUCAAUAUAGAAUAUAAUUUGGGGAUUUUACGAUCCACUCCAUUUCAGAAUUUAUAAAUUUAUCGUACAAUUUGGAUCAAUAUCAAGAGAGAAAAAGAUGAUAAAUUCACGGAGGAUGGUGUUUAUAAGGAAGUUAGGCGUAAAUACAUUUGGAAAAAAAAAAUCCCAAUUCUGAGGUGGAUUGAUCGGUAAAAAUCCCAUAUAAUUUUGAUGGAUAGUCUUGGACCAUUGAUUGGAUAACACAGUUUCGUCGUCUGGUAGCUGUCCUUGUUGUUUGUGAAUAUUAAAGGGGUUUUUAAGUUUACGAUUUUACUGUUUGGAAAUAUUUAAAGCUUUUUGUGGUGGAAGGAAAUAUUGAAAGUUGAGAACCUGAUUA